GAGUCCCCUGGCCGCGGUGGCGGCCGCACAGGUGAGCGGGAGGGCGGCAGGCUCGGGCCCGGGGCCGGGGAGCAGAGCCCAACCGAACUGAGCAGUACGAACUGAGAAAUGGAUGGCUUGGAGUCGGACUUCAACCUGAAAGUCGUCUUAGUCAGUUUCAAGCAGUGUCUCAAUGAGAAGGAGGAGGUGCUGCUGGAUCACUACCUCGCCGGCUGGAGGGGGCUGGUCAGGUUCCUGAACAGCCUGGGAGCCAUCUUCUCCUUCAUCUCUAAGGAUGUCACCACAAAGCUGCAGAUCAUGGAGCAUCUGCGCAGCGGCCCCCAGCGGGAGCACUACAGCAGUCUGCAGUCCAUGGUGGCCUACGAGGUGGGCAACCAGCUGGUGGACCUGGAGCGGCGCUCCCGCCACCCUGACUCGGGCUGCCGGACGGUGCUUCGGCUGCACCGUGCCCUGCGCUGGCUGCAGCUCUUCCUGGAAGGCCUGCGCACCAGCCCCGAGGAUGCCCGCACGGCCAUCCUCUGCACGGACUCCUACAACGCCUCUCUGGCGGCCUACCACCCUUGGAUCAUCCGCCGGGCUGUCACCGUGGCCUUCUGUGCAUUGCCCACACGCAAGGUCUUCCUGGAGGCCAUGAACGUGGGGUCCCCGGAGCAGGCUGUGGAGAUGCUGGGCGAGGCCCUGCCCUUCAUCGAGCAUGUCUACAAUGUCUCCCAGAAACUCUACGCUGAGCAUUCCCUGCUGGAUCUGCCCUAAGGGCCAGCGGGCCAGGUGGGGCAGGUUUCCCCUGCAGAGCUGGGCUGGGGCAGCCAGCACCCACCAGUCCCACCAUGGAGAUCUGUGAGUGCCCCAGGAAUGGGAAGAACACUCUCCUCUGCCAGCCAAGCCUGAUCAGAGCCACGGGCACAGCACGGCCCUCUCGGGCUGUGCUUCUGGCCUGUGGCAUGUGGGCCCUGGCAAUCUGCUCUGCCCUUAUCACCUUGCUCUGCCCAGGGGCAUCUUUGCUUUACCCUCAGCUGAGUUUCAUAUGUGUCCAAUCAGGCCUCACCCAGACGGUGAGGUGCAGAAGGCAGGGCGGGGAAGGGGCAGGAUCAGCAUUCAUGGAAAAGCCGGAGAAGCUGCCCGCUGCCUGUGAGCCAAGUCGUGAAAUGGGGCCAAGUCACAGGUCCCUGUGGCACAGAGACUUCAUCCUGCUAGCCAGCAAGCACAUUCAGCAGGUGCUUGUCCAUCCCUGGCCCACCUCGGUGUCCAUACCCAGGUACCCCCGGGCCCUUCCACCCAGGCUGGCCAUCCCCAGGACAGGGAUAGAACCCUUGGGCAGCCCUUGGCAGUGUAGGCUCUCUCCCUGUCCCUCACGUCCUUACUAGCCAGGGGCCCACAUGUCCUUGACAGCAACAGCCAGGAGCUGAAGCCCUGAGCAGAGGCCUGCCCUGCCUCUCUGCACUCUCAUCAGCUGCCCCCGCGGCCACACUGUCAGUCGGGUGCCCCCCGCCCAGGGAGCUGCCUGCGAGUCUGCGCAGCACAGCCCAGAGCUCUACGGAGCCCACAGCUCUGCCGGUCCAGGGCUAGCCUCUCCCUCCCCGCCACCCAGGGAGAGGCCGUGUUCCCUCCUGCCUGCCCCUUACUGCCCCAGCCCCACAGAGCUUCAGGAGACCCAGGAUGAGAUGGCACAUGGAGAGAGCCUGGACCAGAUGCCCAGCUGACAGGCCAGCCAUCACCCAGCACGUGGGGGCCUGGCCUGUCCUACUGGCUCUCCACUGUGAGCUCAGGCCCCUCGAUGCCAAGGGGACCGUAUCCACUGUGCAGCAGAUGUGCAUACGUGUCAGCUUGCAGAGACCCUGGGAAAGUGUAACUGUUUCUCCAACAUCAAUAAAUGCCACUGACAGCAGGCAGUGCACUCCG